AUGUUCUCGAAGUUUCAUCUUGCAUUGGCUACAGUGCUAUCCUUAGUGGAGGGCCAAUUCAACAGUCCACCUGGUGUCGAUAUCUGGUGUGGAAAGGCUUAUCGAGAUACUCCAGGAGGCUGGUUUGAAGAACCACCCAAGUCCGAUAUACCGCUGGUGAACUUCAAAAUCAGACCUCGGAUGAAUCUGUAUCUUGAGGAUGACACCACCUCGAGCUUCGUAGUCGACGCACCAGUUUCUUGGUAUGUUGGCCAGGCUCUGCCAAACAGCAACACUUCCAUGUUUCCGAACCAUGGCUCGGAGAUUACGCUCGAGAUCAAGGCUGGGAACACAUCGCUCUGCUUGAACAAGACGUCUAUCAGGCUGGGAUCUUCGGACAAUGAGAUACCCUUCGAUCUGUCAUCAUUGACUGCUGCAUCCAACAACAUUACGAUCCUAGGCUCUCUUGAAGGACAUAAGAACGAGACAUUUACUGCUACGACUCAAGUCGCCAAACUCCCUCUUCGUUCCGACAAUGGCACCGUGACACGCCUCGACAACUUGUAUGGAGGUCUCUCAGUCCGAAAAGGACAGUCAAAAGAAUGGACAUCGCUGUUUCCUUAUACGUACUACGUUCAAUGGAGUCUAUACUGGGACGCGAAUGUCUCAACCCUGGACGAAUUCGCAGCAAUGGGCUAUAACGUCAUUCACAUUGUGCCUACCGGUGACUUAGGCGACACCCCAUUCCCCUGGGACAAAUUCCAACCCUAUCUUGAUCGCGCCGACGAACUAGGCUUGUACUUCAUGUAUGACGUGCGUUGGGACUAUACCAAUCUAACCACCAUGAUCGACCAAAUCCAUCAUCUACACAACCAUCCCUCAAUCCUUCUAUGGUAUACAGCCGACGAACCAGAUGGAAAAUCCAACCCUAUAAACUCCACUCUCAUCGCUUACAAUACCAUCAAAGCAAUCGAUCCUUACCACCCAGUCUCUCUAGCCCUAAACUGUCGAGACUUUUACUACGCCAAUUACUCCGCAGGCGCAGAAAUCGUCCUCGAAGACGUCUACCCCAUUGGCAUUAACGCUUCCUACUCGACCGUCUAUAAUACUCCUUGCAACGCCACCUACGGCUGCUGCGGCUGCGACGACUGCUCAGGAAGCUUCACAGACAUCUCCACCCGCUUAGAUGAAUACACCUACAAAGACUCCAUCCUAGACCGGCAAAAGAUUCACUGGGCAGCUCCCCAAGCAUUUGGAAACGAGACCUUUUGGUCCAGACAUCCUAGCGCUGCAGAAGAAGUCGUGAUGAAUUUGUUGAGUGUCAACCAUGCAGCUAAAGGCAUUGUGAUGUGGGAUUUUCCUACCAGGGUGGAUAUUCUUGAUGUGACUAAUAGACUGGCUGCUGUGUUGACAAGAGAGCCAGUGGUAGGGUUUCUGGUUGGUGCUCCGUUGACGCAAAGGCUGAAAGUAGUUGGUGCUGGAAAUAUUGACGCUGCUGCUUGGAUCAAGGACGAUGAGGUUUUGGUGUCCAUUGUCAAUCUCGAUUACAGCAACACGAACUCCAGCAUCAUUGUAUCGUUACCAGAAGGUGUGAUGGCUGCAAAAGUUUCGAAAAGCUUUUGGGGAGAUGCGGCAUGGUCUGUUGAUGGCAACAAGCUGUCUACAGACUCAUACAAAGGCUUAGAGGUAUCUCUCCUACUGCUCGAGCCCAAGUAA